AUGGCGAGCAACGCCAAGUCGAGGUGGGCAGACAGCGCAGAGGACGCAGCCUUGGAUGCAAAACUAAAGCGAGAAAAGGGGGACAAGAAACGUUUGAAAGCCGAAAAGGCGCGCAAAGCCGCCGAGGCGGAACGAUUGGCGCAGCAGGCGAGGGCGGCGAAGAGCAGCAAUGGAACUGAGAACGACGGCGACGUCAACGACAGCACACGGCCAGCGAAACGGCGCAAGUUCACGCCCGACGCAGAAGACGGGACAACAACAGCCAAUGGCGACAACGGUGCGCCACCAGAUGCAAAAGAGGGCGCGGCGAAGCUCAUGCGCUUCCCCGUCGGCCACUGGGGCAAGUGCCGGAGCGUGGAGAACUACGACAAGCUCAACGAUAUCGAGGAAGGCACAUACGGCUGGGUAUCGCGGGCCAAGGAAGCUUCUAGUGGCAAGGUCGUUGCGCUCAAGAGGUUGAAGAUCGAACCAAGUGAUCGCAACGGGCUGCCUGUGACGGGGCUGCGAGAGAUACAGAUCCUGCGAGACUGCAGCCAUCGCAAUAUCGUCAACCUUGAGGAGGUUGUUGUGGGGGACGACACCUCAAAGAUUGAAAAUAUCUUCCUAGUACUAGAGUUCGUCGAACACGACCUUAAGAGCAUCCUAGAAGACAUGCCCGAACCCUUCCUCCUCUCCGAAGUCAAAACCCUCCUCCGGCAACUAACCGCCGGCGUCGCCUACCUCCACGACAACUGGAUCCUCCACCGCGACCUCAAAACCUCGAACCUCCUCCUCAACAACCGCGGCCAGCUCAAGAUAGCAGACUUUGGCAUGGCACGGUACGUCGGCGACCCGGCCCCGAAGCUGACCCAGCUCGUCGUGACGCUGUGGUAUCGCUCGCCCGAGCUGCUUCUCGGCGCGAAGGCCUACGGCAAGGCCGUCGAUAUAUGGAGCGUGGGCUGCAUCUUUGGCGAGCUCCUGACGCGGGAGCCGCUGUUGCAAGGCACCAACGAGGUCGACCAGGUGACCAAGAUUUUUGAGCUCUGCGGCGUGCCGACGCAGGAGAAGUGGCCCUCGUUCAGGAGCCUGCCCAACGCGCGGUCUCUGCGAUUUCCUAAGACGCCCAAUGUCACAGGGUCCAUGAUUCGGACCAAGUUUACCACACUGACGAAUGCCGGAUGUAAGUUGCUCAACGACCUGCUUUCGUUGAACCCGGAUUCGAGGCCGUCGGCCAAGGAGAUGCUGGAGCACAAAUAUUUUAGGGAGGAUCCGAAGCCCAAGAAGGAGGGCAUGUUUCCAACGUUCCCCAGCAAAGCUGGCCAGGAGAAGAGGCGAAGACAUGAACCGAAUGCUCCCGUCCGCGGGCAGAAUGCAGCAGAUCUGGGUGAUGUCGACUUUAGCGGCAUCUUCCAGGGCAGAGACAAGGAAGAGAAAGGCGGUGGAUUCUCACUCAGGAUGGUGUAA